AUGUACGCAGAGCUGCUGGGAAUCUGCACAGUUUACCUUGUGCUUGAGGCCGAGGCGCUGUCGGCGCUGCUGACCCGCACGGCCUUCGGGGAGGCGCUGCUCCGCGCGGCCCCGGCGGGCUGCCCUGCGUUUGUGCUCCUCGCCGCGGCGCUCGUCGUGCCGACCGUCCUGCUGCCUGACCUGGCGGCCCUCAGCAGCCUAAGCGCCCUCAGCGUGGGCUCCGCCGUCGCAGUCGGCCUCGCGCUCGCGGCCUUGUGCGGCAGCGGCGCGGCCGCGGGCGCCGCGGCGGCGGCGACGCGGCUGGUGGCGCCCGAGACGCUCGCGCAGGUGCUGGGGUGCGUGGCGUUUGUGUACGCGGGGCACUCGACGUUCCCUGUGGUGCAGCAGUCGAUGCGGAGCCCGUCCAAGGCGCCGAGGGUGCUGGCGGUCUCAUACCUGUGUGUUGCCGCCAUUUGCACCGCGGUCGCAGCCUUUGGUUACUUGCUGUAUGGAACGGGAGUUGCUGAUGUCAUCACCGCCAGCCUGCCGCCGGGCACCGCCGUCGCUGUGGCCUGUCUGGUCUCGACGGCUGUCAGCCCCUUUGCGGCGUUCGCCCUCACGCUUGAGCCGGUCGCGCUGGCCCUGCAGCGAGGCGUCUCCCGCGGCAGCAGCCGCCAGCCGCCAUACCCUGUCAGGGCGGCGCUGCGCCUAGGCUUAGGGGUGGCUUGUGCGACCGCCGCGGCUGUGCUGCCGUACGUGGCUGACCUCAUGUCGCUCGUGGGGGCGGUGCUGACGAUGACCGUGUCGCUGGUGCUGCCCGCGCUGAUGCACGUGCGCCUGCUGGGCGCUGAGCUGUCGCCCGCGGGUGUGGCAUGCGCUGGGGCGGUGCUGCUGCUGGGGCUGUUGUGCGCGGCGGUGGGGGCGCAGUCUGCGAUCGGGAGCCUCAGGGCCAAGAUGGCCGCCGCAGCGGCUGCGGCGGUGGUGUAA